AUGGAUUGGAACAGCACCACGGGCGAAGACACUGUCGCGGUUGCCAUAGUCCGGGCUCCAGCACGGGUUCCUGUCACUGAUCCGCGUUACGGCGGCCCGAUUUUGUUCAACCCUGGCGGUCCGGGAGGACCGGGUGUUGGAGCCGUAAUUGCUGCGGGUGCGGACAUGCAGGCAGUUUUCGAUGCGGCCUACCUUCACAAUAGUCCGUCCUAUGUAUCUGACGAACCAAGUGCCAAGUAUUUUGACAUUAUUGGCUUUGACCCUCGCGGAGUAGGGAACACAACACCAUUUCUGACUUGCCACUCUGAUCCUGCCGAACAAAUCACUUGGUCACUGCAAGGAGACCACCUCGUCCUUGGCUCCCCAGAAACAAACAUUGAAUAUUUGUGGCAGCGUUCCGUUGCUUUAGGGGAGAGCUGUCCACAAAGUGCCAAAAUUGCCAACUUUAUGACCACUGCCAUUGUCGCGAGAGACAUGAUAGAAAUAGUUGAGCGGCAUGGAGAAUGGAGAGAGAGACAAGCAGCAAAUGAAUCUACGGCAAGUCAGAGGCUUGCGUGGAAGAAAGGGGAAGAGCCCAUUCAGUAUUUUGGCAUAUCUUACGGCACUGUCCUGGGAGCAACUCUUGCCGCCAUGCAACCACAUCGCGUCAAGCGUUUUCUCCUAGACGGAGUCAAGGACGCAAAUGCUUAUUUCCGGGGCGAGUGGCAGCCCGAUGUUGUCGAUGCUGACGAGAUUAUGAAUCGCUUUUUCGAGUACUGUACCGCAGCCGGAGCUACGAAAUGUCCAUUUGCGACUAAUUCAACUACUGGUACGCAAAGGCGUCUUGACAAGCUGCUGGCAAAUGUCAGCUCGGCUGGGCCACUCGCGGUCGCUGGCUCGGAUGGCAAUGGCCCAUCGGUUAUUACCUUGAGCGAUAUCAAGAAGCUGCUUCUGCAAAAACUUUACUUCCCCAUAAUUACAUUCCCUGCUUUGGCGACUGCCUUGACACCACUAUCAUCAGGCAACGGAUCCGCGUAUGCUGCUGCCCUGCGGGCUGCGAAACCAAUCUUCCCGCAGGGUCAGCAUUCUCCCGGCUUUGCCAUCAACCCGCACGAUCCGGCCUCGAAGACUCACAGUUGGGCUAUGGGAUACCAGAUAGCAACGGCCAUUGCCGGCGGUGACGCUCAACGUCAUCUCACGAAGGCAGAGUUUAUGCAAUAUUAUAACGCGGUGCGAUCUCAGAGCAAGUACGGCGGUGAUGUUUGGGCUACAAUUUGGAUUAGUAUUUUCUCGUGGAUGGCCAAGCCAAAGUUCAGAUUCGGGGACACACACAUGAUCGCAUCCAACGUUACCGCCCAUCCUGUCUUAUUUGCUAGCACUACUCUGGAUCCCGUUACGCCGCUGGCGUCUGCAAAGCGCAUGAGUGCAAACUUCAGAGGCAGUGACGUCCUUGUUGUUGACGGAGAAGGACAUACCACUAUUGCGAGUCCGAGUCUCUGCGCCGUAAAGGCGUACAGGGCCUAUUUUCAAUCCGGCCUACUGCCCAAGCGUAGUUCAGUGGCUUGUUUGCCGCAGCAAAGACCGUUUCUGGGUUCUGCAGGACCAAGGGUCGAAACAGUAGCGCUGAAUGCUACAAACGAAGACAAGAUGCUUGCGGCCGCGGCGCUGGCUUUGAUGAACAAGAUUGCAAAGGCUGUAUAG